AUCCAGUGUCAAGGGUUUCAAUGGGACACAGUGAAAUGGUCGUCUGGGUUAUAGCGUGUAGAUUUGUUCGUGGGACGGCAGGGCACUCAGUCUCUGGGUUAUACAGUUUGAGGGAGUUCAGGGGAAACACAGACACAGUCAGUGUAAAUGGGUUUAGUGGGACUGGGAGGGAUAGAGUUAUGAAUCUAUGAAGUAUGCCUGAGUGGGAGUGGGACUGCUGUGAGGUCACAUUCAGUCGCUGGGAGUGGAUCCGUCUGGAGUAAAGUGGACUGGACUAAGCCGCGCUGUGAACCGGAGUGGACUAUACUGGCCUGGCCUGGCCUGGACUGGACUGAGGGGAGCUGAAGGCCGGAGCCGGCAUUACCAUCAACAAAUCCCCCACUAUCACCAUCCUGGGGCUUGCUAUUGACCAAAAGCUCAACUGGACUCACCGCUCAAAUACACUGGCUACAAGAGCAAGUAAGAGAGGCUGGGAAUGAUCACCUCCUGACUCCUCAAACCCUGUCCACCAUCUACAAAGGACAAGUCAGAAUUGUCUGAAUGGGUGCAGCUCCAACAACACUCAAGAAGCUUGACGCCAAAGCAGCCUGCUUGAUUGGCACGACAUCCAUCAGCAUCCACUCCCUCCACCAUUGACGUUCAGUAGCAGCAGUGUGUACUACCUACAACAUGCACUGCAGCAGGGAGAAGCUUCUGGAAGGAAUCUUGGACUGCUCUGAUUGACAGUGGCUGGUUGUAAAGAUUUGCCUUUCCACACACGGCCUCGGACUAUCUUUUGAUUUUGGAGUGUGCAGUAAUAAAAUACCGCCAAAAUUCUGUGCUGCAAGGGAACAGCAGCCAUGUCAUUGGCAAAGGGUGAAGAAAUAGCCAAGAGCUUCUGGGAGCCGGGACAGUACAAGAGGACAGUCAGACGUUUUGACGAUGGGCACCAACUCUGCAACCAGCUGCUCAGCUGCUUCCAGGAGCGGGCACAAAUCGAGAAGCAGUAUGCCCAGAAACUGGCCAGCUGGUCCAAAAAGUGGAAAACUGUGGUGGAGAAGGGAGCACAGUAUGGCACUGUAGAAAAAGCCUGGCAUGCGUUCAUGACAGCAGCAGACAAGCUAAGUGCACUACACCUAGAUGUUCGAACACAGUUGUCUGGAGUGGACUCAGACAGGGUGAAGCAGUGGCAGAAGGACUCUUUCCACAAGCAGCUAAUCGGGGGCUUCAAGGAGACGAGAGAGGCCGACGAGGAGUUCCGCAAAGCUCAGAAACCCUGGCUCAAGAAGUUGAAGGAGGUGGAACUGGCCAAGCACAGUUACUACAGUGCACGUAAGGAGGAGAGAACUGCACACACUCGAGAGGCCAAUGGCAGAGCUGACCAAUCCUUAUCCCGUGAUCAACUCCGUAAAUUGGAGGAACGUGCAGAGAGGAGCUCACAGGAAGUGGAGAAAGGCCGAGAACAUUAUGUGAAAGCUCUGGAGGAGCUAAACAAAUACAACCCUAAAUAUAUGGAGGACAUGGAACAAGUGUUUGAUACCUGCCAAGACUUUGAGAGCAAGCGACUCCAAUUCUUCAAGGACAUCCUGUUAGACUUCCACAAGCACCUCAACCUCUCCAACUAUGACAGUUUCCAUGCCAUCUACCGGGACCUGUACCAGAACAUCACUGCAGCCAAUGAGCAGGAAGAUUUACGCUGGUGGCAGAACAUACAUGGACCUGGAAUGACAAUGAGCUGGCCACAGUUUGAGGAGUGGGCUCCAGAUGCAACCCAAGCCAUUCAUCCUAAGGAGAAGAGUAGUCGGGGGGUAGAGGAAGUGACCCUCACCAGCAUCAUCCCAUCUACUGACGUCAUAUUGCACUCUUCGCCAGGAGACAGUGGAGUGAAAGAUUACUCAUCUGAUUGGUCAGAUGAUGACAGCCCGAGGAAAUAUGUGUCGACUCUGUGCUUGGAGGAUGAGGAGAAGGUACCUGUGGCCCGAGUUCGAGCACUGUAUGAUUACACAGGGCAGGAGGCUGAUGAGCUAAGCUUCUCGGCAGGUGAAGAGUUCAUGAAGAUUGGUGAAGAGGAUGAACAGGGCUGGUGUAAGGGUCAACUGGAUAAUGGACAACUAGGACUCUAUCCUGCCAACUAUGCAGUCCUUAUGAGCUCCUGACAAACUUUUCACAAGACCACCAGCACUGUGCAGCCCUAAAUCCUUGCUCUGUUGCUGCCUGCUGCUGCUUUCUCUGUUUAAUGUAUUUUUUCCCCUGCCACAGCCUGUUUUCUCCUCUGAUUGAAGGGUUAGACAGACAUGCUAUAAUAAGAAACUGAGUUUACUAAUCAUGGGGCAAGCUCACCCAAAUUGUACUGUCUUUGGCUCUGUCUUGGUCUUGACUGACCAGUUGCCCAAAUUAGAGAAUAGAAGCUUCUGGAAUAAACUGAGCAGUAUUUAUCCUCAUUGAGUAGCUCAUAUUGCACACUCUCCGAGUUGUGACUGUGUUUGAGUUUCUGAAUAGGUGAAGGAAGCUGAAAUGGAUCUGUUGUCGAGCAUCUCAAUAUCUGAAGGAGUUGCAGGGCCUGGGAUCUCCAUUGACAAGUCCUUGUUUCAUCAGUUGCUGGGGAACCGAACAAAGCCACAGUACAGGAGAUGUUUGGAGAUGGAUGUAAUGAAUAUUUUUGCCAAAUGGAAAGCAGAAGACUUUUCAAUCCUGAUGUAGGAAGUAGUUGCGUUUUAAUUAAUCUCUUAUGUAUCUGGCAGGAGGUGGUGUGAAAUAAAUAGGUAUUACAGAUCGCA